AUGAGCGCCUCCGCGUCGGUCGGGGGCCCGGUCCCCCCGCCGCCCCCGGGCCCGGCCGCCGCGUUGCCACCCGGUUCUGCCGCGCGGGCCCUGCAUGUGGAGCUGCCCUCUCAGCAGCGGCGUCUUAGACACCUUCGGAACAUUGCUGCCCGGAAUAUUGUUAAUAGAAAUGGCCAUCAGCUCCUUGACACCUACUUCACACUUCACUUGUGUAAUACCGAAAAGAUAUACAAAGAAUUUUAUAGAAGUGAAGUGAUUAAGAAUUCCUUGAAUCCAACAUGGCGGAGUCUCGAUUUUGGGAUAAUGCCAGACCGUCUUGAUACAUCUGUGUCUUGUUUCGUGGUGAAGAUAUGGGGUGGAAAGGAGGACAUCUACCAGCUUUUGAUUGAAUGGAAAGUCUGUUUGGAUGGACUGAAAUACUUGGGUCAGCAGAUUCAUGCCCGCAACCAGAAUGAAAUAAUUUUUGGGCUGAACGAUGGCUACUAUGGUGCUCCAUUUGAACAUAAGGGAUAUUCAAUUGCUCAGAAGAAUAUUCUUCUUCAGGUGGAUCAGAACUGUGUUCGCAAUUCUUAUGACGUCUUCUCUUUGCUGCGGCUUCAUAGAGCCCAGUGUGCGAUUAAACAGACUCAGGUAACUGUUCAGAAAAUUGGAAAGGAAAUUGAAGAAAAGCUAAGACUCACAUCUACAAGCAAUGAGUUGAGCAAGGUGAUAGAAUGUGUGAGUUUAAAGAGGCUCAUCUUAGAGAGAGAGAUAGAGAGAGAGAGAGAGUAUUUAGGGAAAAAAAUCCUCUUAUACUAUAAACAAGCUGUGGUGAUACAAGAUAAUUGAAGUGCAUUUUCAACUGAGCACCUCAAGCUUCAACUCCAGAAGGAAUCUCUGAAUGAAUUGAGGAAGGAGUGUACUGCGAAAAGAGAACUCUUUCUGAAGACUAAUGCUCAGUUGACAAUUCGUUGCAGGCAAUUACUAUCUGAGCUUUCCUACAUUUACCCUAUUGAUUUGAAUGAGCAUAAGGAUUACUUUGUAUGUGGUGUCAAGUUGCCCAAUUCUGAGGACUUCCAAGCAAAAGACGAUGGAAGCAUUGCUGUUGCCCUUGGUUACACUGCACAUUUGGUCUCCAUGAUUUCCUUUUUCCUACAAGUGCCCCUGAGAUAUCCUAUAAUUCAUAAGGGAUCUAGAUCAACAAUCAAAGAUAAUAUCAAUGACAAACUGACCGAAAAGGAGAGAGAGUUUCCAUUAUAUCCAAAAGGAGGGGAGAAGUUACAAUUUGAUUAUGGUGUCUAUCUUCUGAACAAAAAUAUAGCACAGCUAAGAUAUCAACAUGGACUAGGGACUCCAGACUUGAGGCAAACCCUCCCUAACCUGAAAAACUUCAUGGAGCAUGGACUAAUGGUCAGGUGCGAUAGACACCACACCUCCAGCGCAAUCCCUGUUCCAAAGAGACAAAGCUCCAUAUUUGGAGGUGCAGAUGUAGGCUUCUCUGGGGGGAUCCCUUCCCCAGACAAAGGACACCGAAAACGGGCCAGCUCAGAGAAUGAGAGACUCCAGUACAAAACCCCUCCUCCCAGUUACAACUCCGCGCUAGCCCAGCCUGUUACCGCCAUCCCUUCCGUAGGAGAAUCCGAGAGAAAGACGACAUCUCUGUCCUCCUCCUUGGAUACCUCCUUGGACUUCUCCAAAGAAAGCAAGAAAAAAGGAGCUGACUUGGGUGACAGAUUAAGCGGAGGUCACGUGAGUGUGAACACUAGCCAAGAACAAGAAGGAGCCCUCUCUGGACUCCCAGCCGCCGUCAACGGCGCUCUCCUGCCCAGCGAGCAGGCUGGCUCCUCCGGCGUCCGGCUCCCGGGGGCAUUCCUCCCGGUGCCGGAGGCCGAGCUCUGCUGUACUGUGGAGCAAGCGGAAGAGAUCAUCGGGAUGGAAGCCACGGGUCUCACCUCGGGCGAUCAGCUAGAAGCCUUUAACUGCAUCCCGGUGGAUAGCGCCGUGGCAGUGGAGUGUGACGAACAAGUCCUGGGAGAAUUUGAAGAGUUCUCCCGAAGGAUCUAUGCACUGAAUGAAAACGUGUCCAGCUUCCGCCGGCCACGCAGGAGCUCUGAUAAGUGA